GCCCCAUUGCCACUUUCCUAAUCCAUCACCGUCCCCUGUGAAUUCAACACGCAACCCUUUCAACACUGACACGUCUCUUUCAUUACCGUCAGAUCCACUUCACACCACCAUAUCUCGUCCUCGUACUCUCCUUUCCAAGCCUUCAACUCGUUCUUUGUGCAAUCUACCUCGCAGCCGUACAGGCAAUCCUCAUCAUGGCGGAAGCCAACUUUUCGGCAGCUCUGUCGACAUGGAAAGAGAUCAACCUCUCAGAGCUGCAAAAGUCGCUCGACAAGACGGCUCUCGAAGUCGUGGACAACCAGAAGGAGAACAUGGUUGGCCGCAAGAAGCUCGCGGAGCAGACUCGAGAGUUCAAGAAGCUGCCCGACAGCAAUGACAAGUUCAACGCCAUCAAGGUCCUGCUCAAGGCCUACCAGGGCGAGAUUGACAGCCUCACUCGCCGCUCCAAGACAUCCGAAACGUCAUUCCUGAAUGUGUACAAGCUGCUCGCAGAUGCACCGGACCCGUACCCGCUCCUCGACGCUGCGGUCGACCAGACUGUCAAGGUGGCGGAGGCGCGUAUGCUGGAGGCAGAACUCCAACGCUUGCGUGAAGAGAAUGCCGAGCUCAAGAAGCAGGCAGCCGAGGGCUCGACUGCCGACGACAAGCGGAAGAAGGCUGAGGCGCGCGCCGACCAGCUGGAGCAGAAGAUGGACGACCUCAUCCAGGAGCGCGUUACCCAGAAGGAGAAUGAGCUCAACGCAGAGUACGAUGAGCGGAUGCGCAACUACGAGGAGAGGGAGAAGGACCUCCAGCGCCAGGCUCAGACUCUCAAGGACCAGCUCCGUGAUCUGUCAACCUCGAAUGAGAGCACGCAGGCCAAGCUGAUGGACGCGAGCCAGCGCCAGGAGCAGGACGUUGCCGCCAAGCUCGCAGAGCUCGACCUCGUUGUUGCGGACUUGAACCGUGCGAACGAGCGAGUCGCCACUGUUGAGCGCCGCAAUGAGCUCCUCCGUUCCGAGAUCGAGACAGUUCGUAGCGGCUCCCAGCAGGCUGAGAAGGUCAAGGCGCAGGAGAACCAUAUCGCGGAGCUCGAGGCCGAGGCAUCGCGCCUCCUCCGCGCCCUUGACCAGUCAAAGGAGGCCAAGGCCGAGGUCGAGCGUGGUGAGAAGAGGCGUCUUGACGAUGCUGCCCGCGAGUCCGCCCAGCAAGCUACCGAGAUUGAGAACCUUCGCACCAAGGUCAAGCAGUACUCCGACUACGACGAGAUCAAGCGCGAGCUUGAGAUCAUGAAGUUUGUCGAGUUUUCUGGCGCCGACUUGGACAAUGACGAUGAGGACCUCAAGAUGCCCAACCCCAACGCCGAGGUCGCCAACAAGCAGCUGGGCCGCUCGCUCGAGAACCUCCUCGUGUCGAAGAACCGCCGAUUGCUUGAGGACCUCACCAAGCUCCGCGUGGCGCACGAGGAGCUUUCAAGCCACAACUCCAAGUCGGAUGAGAGUGUUCAGAGCCUCCAGCUAGAGCUUUCUCGAAUCCGCUCCCUCAACGAAAGACUGGAGAACGACCUCGCGAGCUUGAACAAGGGCGACGGCGACAAGACGGAGCGUGGCGGUGCCGGUCUGGCCGGAUUGGAUAUUGGUGGCAAGGGCGACCGUGUCGGCUCCCCAGCACCUGGCGGAGACCCGUCCAUCCUCCCCAUUGUCACCUCUCAGCGUGACCGAUUCCGCCAGCGCAACGCCGAGUUGGAAGAGGAGUUGAGACGCCAGUUUGAGACGAUCUCGGACCUUCGUACCGAGAUCAAGGCACUCCAGGCCGACAACCUCAAGCUGUAUGAGAAGGUUCGAUACAUGCAGAGCUACCGCGACGGCUCUGGGGCUGCAAGCGGCUCUGGCCUUCCUGGAACGGCCACUCCAGGAUCGUCGGCCGGCAUCCUCAACGGCGUCAUGCGUUCGCGAGAGGACGAGAUUGGCAAGUACAAGGACAAGUACGACGAGCAUCUCAAUCCGUUCGAGGCGUUCAAGGGCAGGGAGGCGCAGCGUGCGAUUCACGCCCUCAAUCCUUUGGAGCGUGCUACAUUCUCGUUGACACGAGCUAUCAUCGGCAACAAAAGAUCCCGGAGCUUGUUCAUCUUCUACGCGAUUGCAUUGCAUGUGCUAGUCGUGUUUGUGCUUUUCAACACAAUGUCGGCGAGCGACACUGCCGGACAACCUAUUGGGAGCCCACCGCUGCAUCCUAUCAAGACUUGAUAGUGUGCUCGGGGAAUGUGUAUCCAUGUAUGCAUCAUCAGUAUUUAUGCGG